GGCCCUUUGAGUUUGACGUCGCCUCGCGAACUGGAGCUCGGACUGGAGCUGCCUAGCGACGCUCUCGACCAUCCUCUUGUUCCUCGCUUUGCAUUUUACCACCACCAUUGGUAGCGUAUAUAGACUCAACAGCCUCAGCAAGUGGCAGUGACCUGCCUGAGCUGCUCAAGCUGGCCCAACGCAGACACAAGCGCAUCUGGAGCGCAACCCACCGGUCCCGACAGUCCGGCUAUUAUUAAUGUCGUCUGUAAUUAGCUCAGGAAUGUCCGUGGUGGUUGCGGAGCAAGGCUUGUGGUAUGGGAGGCUCUGUACAACUUCUUCAUCAACUAUCAUACUGUAUGAUCAUCUGAUAACCUUUGGGGACGAAGUUCGUUUAAUCUGGAGAUCGCGAUGGUCCGCAGGGAAAGCCUUGUUCCUCAUAAGCCGAUAUUAUAAUAUAUUUACCGUUAUAUUCAACUCAUGCAUCUUAUACUCCCCGUCUCUUACCGCUCGUCUGUGUUUCGCCUGGCUCCGAUGGCAGGCUGUUUCCGGAAUUUUUGUGUAUGGCUUGACGGAAAUUAUAUUAAUGUUACGAUUAUAUGCAAUGUAUAGUUCAAGCAAACGAAUAUCGGCUGUGCUAGUUUCAGGCUUCUCGGCAGUUCUUCUUGCGGAGAUAGUUGUCUUGGUGUUAUCGACGAAAGCCCAGAUCGGACCAGUAAAUGCCGACCCUUCUCGCAUACUAGACAUGUCAACAUGUAUCCUCACUAACACCUGGCGAUUUUCAUACCUCUAUUGGAUCCCUUUCCUCGUCUUCGAAUUCCUGCUCUUCGUCUUGGCUCUUGCGAAAGGAAUACAAUCUAUACGCGAUCAUGAACUCGAACUCGGUGCAUCUGGUUUUGGACUGGGACUCUGCUGCAAAUCUAAAGGACCCGGACGUGCAGCGAAAGCGCUGGAGAUAUUGAUUAGGGACUCGAUAUUGUAUUUUGUUGUGAUCUUUGCGAUAUAUCUAGCUAACGCGCUCUCAUGGAUAAUCGAAAAUGGCCGAAUCGGCGAGAUUCCCGUCGCCCUCGCAGUCGCCCUCUCAACUGUCAUGGCCCAGCGUCUCCUCCUCAACAUUCGCGAAAACUUCGAGCGAAGACAAGCAGGUAUAGACGCCGACGCGUCCACUGCGGCCGCAUCCGAUACGUUUGCAUUAAGUACUAUGGCGUUUGACGGGUUAUGUGUCGUCUCGGACUCGGGUGCCGGUGCUAUUAACGGUAACGCACAACUUGAACACAAUGCGCAUAGUGGAAGGGUUGGCCAGAUCACGUCAGCGGGGAGUACGUUCAGUGGGUCGACUAUUGUUGCGCCUUCGUCCCCGUUAGAAAAAAGAAAUUUUCAAGAGCACACAAAUGCUGCGCAUUCUGGUAAUGUGGAUCCAGGACCUUCCAAAAGCUGCUCUUGCACAAAGGAUGACCCGGAGCAAUAA